AUGGCUGCGAGGUCUCGAAGAGGGGCUGGCAGCUCCGCAGAGACACAUAAGGAAAAUGGAAAGGGGGAGGGUCUCAACAGGAAGACGAUUGAGACCAUCAAAGAUGCAACAGGGGCCAGUGAGGAGGACAUCAUGGUGAUGCUCCUUGAGUGCAACAAUGAUGUCAAUGAGACAACCAGCCGGCUUAUCGACAACCCGUUCAGCCAGGUCUUCAACAAGAAGCAGAAAAAGAAACAGAGGGAGGAGGAGAGAAAGAAGGAUGGCUCCAAGGUGAUUGAGGUGAGGCGGCAGCCAAGUGCAGGGCAGGGAGACAGACGGAAUCGGGACAGGGGGCCUCGGGGCAGCCUUGAUCGGAACGGUCCCGAUCGAAACGCCAAUAGAGCAGCCAGAACCGGAUCUGGGAAGCCGGCAGAGGAUGGCUCGCAUGCUGAAGAAGCCGUAUCGGCGCCCACGGAGGAACAACGGCCGACCCCGUUGCCUGAGCCCACACCUGCAAAACCAACCUACUCGAGAGCACCUGGGCCUCCACAACCAGCUGCUGCAGCACCUCCAUCCUCGUGGCAGCCUGCAGUUGGCAGCACGCCGGGGCGGAAAACCAUGGCAGACUUGUUCAAGCGGCCUCCUCCCCCAGCUGCGCCACUACCAAUACCAAAAGCUGCCCACAGUGUGCAGGAAAGCUUCUCCCAGAAGGAGACAGCCCCCAUCGCAGAGCUGGGAGACCUUUCCCUCGGCGACCCGGCAGUGAGCGCACCGCAGAGGAUAUCUAGCAGCCCUGCAGCCGGUGGCUCUCUACAGUCAAACCAGGUCACACAGGAUGUGCAGGUGCAAGGACCGUCGCCGCGGCACACGCCCAUCUCGGCCGCGCUGGGGAUCGCCCCCGUGGUGGUGCCGCCGGCAAGAUACCCGAGCUCGGAGAACAACGGACCGGCCGCGCCCGUCAACGCGUGGGGCAAGCCCAAGCCGCAGCCUGCCGCGCCUAUGGGAGCGCUGGGGGCGUCUCUGCUGGGCACUGCGCAAGGCGUGCCGGGGAGCAUGGCCGCGCCGGCGCCAAGCAUCUCCCUCGCCAACAACGACGUGCUGUCAGUGGCUGAUCCUCAGGUCACAUCAUCGGGAUUGCUGAGCUCUUCUGCAGGCACCCAGUUGUCCGGGAGCUUCCAGCAGCAGGCGGACAUGAAAGCCGCGGAGCGGGUGCGGGAUGUGACCAACCUGGGACUGCAGUUUGGCAACAUCGGGUUUGACCCCAACCGCAAGGGUUACGCGGGCGCGAUCAACACUGCAGAUGACGACAGCUCCGCGCAGCAGCACACUGCGCCACAGGCGGUUCCCGAGCGCAACACCGCCGCAACUUCAAAUGGAGCAGCAUCUUCUCCUGCUGUGGAUGUGUUCAACGGUGGAGGUAUGGGCAGCAGCUUGGGCAGCUACCAGCAGGCUGGGAACACCGGCUACUCUACCUUCUCUGUACAAGGGCCCAUUGAGUCGUCGACAACGACGAGCCAGCCUGCCAGCAACUUCUUCUCCGGGCCCAGCUACCAGACAAGCGCACCCUCCACCAACUACAACAACUACCAGGCGCCGGCCGCGCAGCAGCAGCCGGCCAGCUAUGGCCUGGGAGGUUACCAGUCAGCUGCGCCUCAGCCGCAGCAGCAGCAGCAGCAGGCACCAAGCAGCCAGCCUGCCUACUCCUACCAGGCCUCCGCUGUGUCCACCAGCCAACCGGCCUAUGGCGCUCAGCAGCAGCACCUGCAGCAGCCGGCCGGUGGCUACCAGGCGCCCGCGAGCGCGCAGAACGCACAGUCGUCCUACAGCCAGUACGGGCAGCAGCAGCCGCAGCAGCCCCAGCAGCCGGCGGCGCAGUACGGGCAGCAGUACGAGGCCCCCACUGCCAGCACCAGCGCUCCUGCCGCCAAGCCUGCGGUGAGCUCGUACGACAACAGCCAGUACGGCAACUACAACCAGCAGUCGGCCCUAAAGGACUUCCAGCCAGCCCCCAAGUACAACGCCGGCAACGCACACAGCGCCGCCGGACACGCCGCCUACGGCGCACAACCGCACGCCACAGGCCAGUUCGGUGCCAACGCUGCAGCGGCCAGCACCUCUGCGCCCCUUGCCGCGGCAGCUGCCGGGCAGCAGCAGGCGCCAUUCGCAGCUCCAGGCAUGCAGCAGGUGCCGCAGUACGCUGCCAUGGGCUACGGGCAGCAAUACCCCCCCUACAUGCCGCACUACGGCGUGCAAAAUGCAUACUUCCCACAGCACCCUGGUGGCUAUGGAGGCUACCCAGCACAGGCUCCCGGCUACGGCGGUGCAGCCAACCAGCCCAACGUGGACUUCCAAGCAGGUGGCAACUACUCCCAUGCUCAGUCCAGCAAGUACCAAGGUGGCAGCGGCUACAGCGGGCAGGGAGGCUUGUACGGCAAUCAACAGCGCAUGCGAGGCAAGGAGAAAGACAGCUACCCACCGCAUGCUGCCUCAUCCCUGUAUGGCCCUGACGGCUCGCAGCUCCAUGCAGCAGGGCCUGCUGGCCAGUACCAGCACGGUGGCGCUGGCCGCGACAACCAGUACGGCUAUGGGGCCCAGGGCCAGGCCGGGGCGCAGAGCUACGGGAACUACGGCACCGGCCAGGGCUACUCUGGGUACAAUCAAUAUGGCUAUGGAGGUGGCCAGAAUGCUCCCAACGGCCAGUCUACCGGCUUUGGCAAACUCAACUGA